AAGAAGAAGAAGAAGAAGAAGAACCAAUCAAACCCUUGACUAGUUCAAGUCCAUACAUACAAUUCCUUGAUCAUCAUCACUCAAUUCAUACAUAAUAUGCAAACACCUAAUUGCUCAAGCUCAUCACCAAGUGAUGAUGCCAUGGAGAAUUCCAGAACUACCCUUCAGAACCAGCCACGUGAAACCAAUGGAAACAGCUCGAGCAACAGCACUGUAGAUGAGAGCAUCAAGGGCAAAAAGGUCAAUUCGGGCCCCGUGAGGCAAUACAUCCGGUCAAAGACUCCUCGGCUCCGGUGGACACCGGAGCUCCACCUCUGCUUUGUUCAUGCUGUUGAGAGAUUGGGAGGAGAAGAAAGGGCAACUCCUAAAUUGGUGCUUCAGUUAAUGAAUGUUAAAGGUCUUAGUAUUGCUCAUGUCAAGAGCCAUCUUCAGAUGUACAGAAGCAAGAAGAUUGAUGAUCCCAAUCAAGUUAUUUCGGAACAAAGACUUCUGUUCGAUGCGGGUGAUCGCCAUAUAUACAAACUCAGCCAACUCCCAAUCCUACAAAGUACCAAUCAAACACCAAAUUCCAGCUUACGCUAUAGAGAUUCCUUUUGGGCUAACCAAGCCAAUCCUAUGUUCAAGCCACACAACAUCUUUUCAUCAACAACAUCGAAAAUGGCUAAAAAUCGACUAUCCGAGUCCUCGACAUCUAUCGGGACCAAUUGCAAUAAUACUUACUUAUCACCAAGGGUUUUCGAUUUUUACGCCAACCGACAAAAUUCUUGGAGACUUCUAGAAAACGAUCGAAAAAUUUUCGCAGAUCAAAAGUAUGACUGGUCGACCCAACUAGCAGCAAACUCCACACAACAUAAUUCGCCACACGGCCCUUAUCAACCGUGCGAAAAAACACGAAUGGCCGCUCGAGAAGUGAUUAAUAAUAGCAACGAUUCUAGUUUGAAACGAAAGGUAUUAUUAUCCGACGAUGCGAAUAAUGGUCUCGAUCUCAGUCUCUCCUUAGAAACGACACGAGCGAACAAGAAGAACAUGAAAACGGGCUCGAUCGAGGAUUGUUCUGACGAGGAACAUGUUGAUGAUAACAAUAGCUUGUUAUCACUAUCCUUGUUUUCUUCCUCGAGUACUAAAGAAGUUGAUGGUAUUAUUGGGAAAAAUGGAGAGAUGGAAAUACAUGCAACUAAUUUGGAUUUGAGUUUGUGAAUUGGGAAAAAUUUCUGAGUGAGAUUUUCUCCUUUUGUUUUUUAUGUAGUGUUUUGUCAAUGUCAACGUCAAUAUAAUGCCAAUGCCGGAGAUGAUUAUUAUCACGGUAGUCAUCAAAGUUUGUGUUUUGUUUGUUUGCUAUUCUUGAUUUGUAUGCAGAGAUGUGUACAGAAUAAUUAUUGUUGUUAUUGACAUAAAAACAAGGUUAUCGUCAUA